CGGGGAUUUUUUUUCUUUUUUAUCUUUUUUUCUUUUUUUUUUCUUUCUUUAUUUUAUUUAUUAUAUAAUGUAUAGAAGUAAUAUUUGUAGUCAACUUGAAGAGGAAGGUGAAUAUAGUUUUAUAAAUCAUCAUCGAGGUAGUACUUCAUCCAUUGCGACCUUAGUGGAUGAAACUACCCCUCUUUUCUCAACUGGAAUAAAGACGAGCCCGUUACUUCUUUUGGAAAACAAAGAUCCUCAACAACAUUAUUUGGGUACUGAUUCAUCUUAUUUUUAUGCUAUGGUGAAAAAAACUGAUUAUUUUCAAGAAACUCAAGGUCUUUUCAAAUUCGUUUGGCCUUUGUUGACAUCUUUUUUAUCGGCUAUGGGAAUGAAGCUAGUUGAUGUCUCGUUUUUUGGAAAAUUAGGUCCACAAGUGCUUGCGGCAACAAGUUUAGGAAAUCUAUUUCUUACUAUAUGUGGUGUAGCCUUUGGUAAUGGCAUGUUGACAGCCAUUGAUACGUUGGUCUCUCAAGCAUUUACAGGGGCACAACAUCCUUGGACUCUUGGUAUCAUUCUUCAAAGAUCUCUUAUUAUUAUGGGUUUAUUUUCUAUUCCAGUUGGUAUUAUUUGGUAUCAUGCUGAAACUAUAUUAAUCACCAUGGGUCAAGAUCCAAAACUCGCUUCCAUGGCACAGAUCUAUUUGGAUUGGACUAUUCCUGUAAUUUAUCCUAUUUUUAUUACAACAGCUAUUCGACGAUUUUUUCAAUGUAUUGGUAAAAUGAAGGUGACUCUGUAUAUUGUACUUUUAAUAUUUCCUCUCAAUUAUCUGGUGGAUUAUACCUUGUUACAAUGGUUGGAUUUGGGUAUGAAAGGAGCAGCUUUACAAAAUACGAUCUACCAUCUGAUGGUAGUAACGCUUUAUUCUGGGAUGCUUUACUUCGGCACUGAUUUUGGUAAAAAGUAUUGGCCUGGAUGGUCAAAGGAUGCGUGUCAUCAAUGGGGAACCUUUAUGAAACUUGGUGUACCUGGUAUGCUUAGUGUAUCUACUGAUUGGGCUUUUGAAGUAUGUGCUAUGGUGACUGGUGUACUGGGCGAAACAAGUUUGGCUGCUCAAUCUAUCGUGUUAUCGGUGAACACAUUUUUAUUAAUGAUACCUUACGCGCUCUCAACUGCUGUUACUGUUCGAUUAGGUCAUCAUCUAGGUGCAAAUCAACCUGAAAAAGCCAAAUUAUGUGUUGUUAUCUCUGUGAUAACAGGAUUUUGUUUGGUAUCUUUUAAUGCUAUGCUCAUGUUUGGAUUCCGAUACCCUAUUACCCGACAUUUUACAAAGGAUGAUUUGGUGACUGAAGCUGCAAUAGCUUUGAUUUCAAUUGUGAGCCCAUGUCAUUUUGUGGUGGGAAAUGGAAUCAUAUUAUCUGGGGUCUUGACCGCAUUCGGUAAACAAUAUCUGGUGGCAAUAUUUAAUUUAACGUCUUAUUAUUUGGUCGGUCUACCCUUUGGUAUUUGGCUUACUUUUAGUUAUGGUUGGGGAUUAUCAGGUGUUUGGAGUGGGGUUGUAUUAGCAGGAUUAUUAAAAACAAUAGGUGAAACGAUUUGUUUAAUAUAUUAUAUUGAUUGGGAUGAAGAAUGUAGAUUAGCAAUGAAACGUAUUGUAGAUCAAGAACUUCCUUUAUGAACAUAAAGUUUUAUUAUCAUUUUACUAACUAAAAGAGGGAAAAGAAGAUGAUGAAUCCAGGAACAUUUUUUUAUUUUUUUUUUUUACUAAAGCACGGUUCCUCUUUUUUUUUAUUUGAUCUGGACUUUAUACUGCUUGUAGUCUAGUUUAUAAAGUUAAUAUGUUUUUUUUUUCUUUCUUUGUACGAUAAAAUGUAAUAUCUCUUUGUACUCUUAUGAUGAACGUGAAGAAGUACCCAAAAAGGUAAUCAUGUUCCUAUUUUUUGCCUUUUUAAUAGCCCGCCUUUUGUAUUUCUUUUUUUUGUAUCACUGAAAAGUGUUGGUCGCUGAACAAUUGACUGUGACACAAACUUUGAUUUUUU